AUGCAAGAAGAUUUGGAUCUCGUCGUAGUUGGUGCAGGCUGGUUCGGUCUGGCCGCCGCCAAGACUUACAUUGAACUCCAUCCCAAUGAGAAGAUAGUGGUCAUUGAAGGAGACAACAGCAUUGGGGGAACCUGGUCUGAGGGACGUCUCUAUCCUGGGCUAAAAUCGAAUAACCUAUGCGGAUCAUAUGAAUAUCCGGAUUUCCCAAUGGAAGAGAGUGUCUACGGUGUCAGAGCCGGCCAAGAUCAUAUUCCCGCGGCGACUCUGCAUCGUUACUUGACAGACUUCUCCAAGAAAUUUGGAGUGUACGAGCGGACACGUCUCAACACCAAAGUUAAUACUAUACAACCAGAGGGUAGCGGCUGGCAACUAAGCAUAACCUCCAAAGAAGGCCAAUACCAACUGCAAACGAAGAAGUUGAUUCUCGCCACUGGUUUGACCUCGACGCCAAAUAUUCCCACCUACCCAGGCCAGGAACACUUCACGCCACCUUUUUUCCAUGCUAAAGACUUCUGUACCAAUGGCGAGUUAGUGGACACGGCUCAGAAUGCCGUAGUUGUCGGCGGUGGAAAGUCUGCGUAUGACUGCGCCUAUGCAUUUGCAGACAAAGGCGCACAGGUAGACUUGGUUGUUCGACCAACAGGCCAAGGGCCAGUAUGGCUUUGCCCUCCCUUUGUAACUCCAUUUAAACGAAUGAUGGAGGAGUUGCUUCACACGAGAGCCCUCACAUGGUUUAGCCCUUGCCCUUGGGGAGGCGAAGAUGGUUAUUCUGUCGCACGAGACUUCCUUCACGGCACGGCCUUGGGCAGGUUGUUGGUUGACAACUACUGGAAUCAACUGACCAAUGAGGUCAUUGAAACACAUGGGUUCGAUGAUCACCCAGAAACCUUCAAGUUGAAACCUUGGUACUCGGCCAUGUGGACAGGCAGUGGCGUGGGGAUUCACAACUUCUCCAGCAAUUUCUAUGAGAUGGUGCGAAACGGGAAAAUCAGGGUUCACCUCGCUGAGAUCACAAAGCUCGAUGGGGACUCGGUGACUCUGAGCACUGGACAAACCGUUCGUACCGAUGUGGUCGUCUGUGCCACCGGCUGGAAGAAGGAGUCGACUAUCAAAUUUGAAAACUUGGGUAAAGGCGGCAUGGGCGUAGCCCGCAGCCACGAAGAGGUUGAACGCUUGAGUAGCGACGCCGACAAGGAGAUUUUGACCCGAUUUCCCCGCCUCAAGUUUCAGCCAGUUCUCAGGUAUGAGCAGACGAAGGAGACCCCACUGCGAAACUACCGCUUCAUUGUCCCAGCGUCCCUAGUCUUUCAGCGCAACAUAGCAUAUGCUGGCAUGGUGUCAACCGUCAGCACUGCUGCAUUUGCCAACGCUCAAGCUCUUUGGAUCUCAGCAUUCUUCGAUGGGAAACUCAAGAGGACUCCAAGAGAUGAUGACGAGGUCACAAAAGAGGUUAUGCUCCACACCCAAUUUGGUAAAUGGAGGUAUCCUUGCGGUUAUGGGGCCAACCUCCCCGAUUUUGCUUUUGAUGCCCUCCCGUAUAUUGAUCUACUCCUCAACGACAUUGGCGUGAAGAACCAUCGUAAGGCUACACAAAUUGCCGAAUUUACUGAGGCGUACAAGCCAAAAGACUACAAAGGUUUAACUGAAGAAUUUCUUGAGUUGCAUGGAGGGAAGUUGCCGGCGGCUACGAAUGGCUUCUAG